AUGGCACCCGCCGAUGGACCCCGACCUACCGACAAGAAAUCACCCACCAGCACCUCAUCCUCAUCUGGUUCAGCAAAAUACAUCUCCUCAUCGGGGCACGUGCUAGAAACGCCACCCCUGUCCGCACGCUUCACACGCACCUUCGACGACAUCUACAACUUCCUAGGCCUGUACAUCGUAUCACUGCUUAGCCUGGACCCCUAUACGGCGGCGCAGAACAGCCAGUUCAAUACCCGCGGCCGGCCCAAUGCAUACCAGGAUCGUACCAGGUGGGCUGGUGGUGUGAAUCGCACCGGCGGUGGCGCUGCUGCGGGUGCUGCGCCAAGAGGUGGUGGUGGCGGCGGUGGAGGAGCAGGAGGUUCGAAUGGGUUUGGAGGUGGCGGGCCGGGGAGAAGAAUUGGCACCGUUGAGGAUGUGAGGGCCCCGGAGUGUGGGAGCUGUGGUUGA